AUGGCUGGCGCCUUUGAAGACAAGUUGUUGGCUCUUAGCGACAGCAGCGAGGCCAUCAGCUGGUUCAAUGUUCGGUACAACGCCAAGGAAUUCGGGGAUGGGUCAGCUCCACGCCGUGAGAGAAGAGAUUCUGGUGGUGCAGGGGACGAGUGGAGCGGGAUGAUCAACUGGCGCAACGCUGGCCACGUCAAGAAAGCGGUCUCACGUUGA